UAACUAAAGUUUUGAAAAAAAACAUUAAAUUGCAUUGUUUAUUAAAUAAAUCCUCUUAAUUUUAAUAUAUUUAGCUUGAUGAACUAAUUGUUAUUUAAUUUUCUCUUGUAAUUUAAUUGUCAUCUUGUUGUUUUGGUUUUUUUCUUGUGUCCUGCUGUCAUCAUAACAGAUUUUCAAUGGAAGAAGAAGAGCUAAGUUUACCGAGAGCUGCUAUGAAUAAACUGAUUAAAGAGGUUUUGCCUGAGAUACGGGUUGCCAAUGAUAGUCGUGAAGUGAUUCUAAACCUUGGUAAAGAAUUUAUUCGGAUAAUAACUAAACAAGCUAAUGAAAUUUGUGAGGAAAAUCAAAAAAGAACUAUGAGUGGUGAACAUGUUCUGCAUGCUCUUAGAAAGAUGGGCCUUAAUGAUUACAUUUGCGAAGGUGAAAGGGUGUUAAAUACAUGUAAAGGAAAAAAACGACGACAAUCAACCAAAUUGGAACACUUAGGAAUACCCGAGGAGGAGCUUCUUCGACAACAGCAAGAAUUGUUUGCUCGUGCACGAGCUGAACAAGCCGUCAUGGAACAAGAAUUGUUACAAAGUACACAACUUCAGCAACAACUGUUGUCACAACAACAACAACAACUGUAUCUUCAACCUGAAUCAUCACAACAAGAUUCUCCAUCAACUUUUCAACCAUUGCAACAAGCGCCUUCAUCCAUUCCUGUAAUCAAAGAAUCAUGAAACAUAAAUAUACAUUAUCUAUACAUAUUUAUCAAAAUAUAAUUUUCAAAGAGAAUCAUUAUAUAUACAUACAAAAAUACAUACAAACAACAAACUAAGGUUUUCGAUACUUUUUAUCUUCUGUAAUUAGCCCAAGAGUUGAAAAGCGAUAAACAGCAAAGACAAAUCAAAGAAAAUAUCAGGAAUGCUGAAUGAUUGUUCACUUAUUUCAUUGGGUUUUAACAAUGCUUUUCAAAUUGACUCACGCAUAUUGGCUCUGAUUCUGGAUUCAGGUACUCAAUGGAAGAGAUUGGUGAAAAACGUUCGAGGACCUAUUAAGAUUUAUUUUUUGAAAUUAACCUAAACUUCGUCAUCAGUCUAAUCAAGUCUUAUUUUAAAUCUCUAUUCUUUGCUUUAAAUUCAUCAUUAAGUUCUGAAACACUUCAUCUCAUUUGGAAAGUCGAAACGGGAUAACUCACGUUUUUAUAUCGAAACCACCAAUACAUGUAGAUUAAUUUUCCUGUUAUUUUCUUUAGUCUACAAUGUAUGGAUUAAACAUAGAAGAAACAAAAAAAUCAUUAAAGAGAUGCAAUGUAGUCA